AUGCCGACACGCUUCGAAGCUCGCAAGCAAAAGAUCUUGGAGCAACUCGACGCUCCAGAUGGCGAGUAUCAUGAUCUGUCGCCCAAGGGAUCCGUCGAUGCGCCCAUCCGAGAUUUAAUCGGCGAGAUCAACAGUCUCCCAGGACUAGUCACUACUAGCAGCUGCUCGGGGCGCAUCAGUGUAUUUUUGGAAGGACGCAAAGCAGACAAUGAAGUACCAGAUGCAUUGCCUGAAGGCGAGAGUUCACGCGCUGGACCAGGAGGAAAAGGUGGUGGGGGUGCAUGGCUGUUCAUCUCACACACGCCACUUGGGCGAGACGAAGCAACAGGUGACCUCAUGUCAAAGUUUGGCUUAGACAAGGUUGAAGCGACGGAGGAAACACCUAGCAUACUCCACGUCCUGAGUGCAUCCAUGGAUCAUGCCCAAGGUGUCCUCACUGCUGCCUUAGCUGCCGGAUUCCGUGAGAGUGGCGCCGUGAGUCUAGGGUCAGCGAAGACAGCAGAGUCGAACCCCAUCGUGGCUGUCCGGUCAGCUGGUUAUUCAUUCGACUCCAUCAUUGGGUAUCGAGAUGGUGAUGGCCGCAAUGUUGCCUUGGUAGACGAGCGAUAUCUACGAACACUAGUAAACAUCGCAAACGAGCGAUUCAACGUCAACUUCGAUCGCAUAAGCCGGUUUCGCAAGGCCCUCUUGGAGACGUACGAAGCGACUGCGACAAGUGGAUCCAAGCCAGAUUGGGAAGAUGCGGACGCGAGGAAACGACGGAAAAGAGAAGAAGGCCUUGCGCGGCAACAAGCUCUGCAAACCCAAGUCUCUCGAGAAGAGAAUAAUUCAUCAGCACCGGAGAACACAGACAGCAUGGAAGGGAUAUCCUCCUAA